AUGUCUGAGGUCCUCCAAGCUCAAUAUCAGCCUCUUUCUCUUUGUCCUCCUAUGUCCAACGUCCAGAUAUACCUGAAGCCCCGACCCGUCUCCUCCAUCUACGGACAUUCAAAUUAUCUCCCAUUUCAAUGGAACCCCGACUUCAAAUAUGGCCCAUUCUUCGCUGGCUACGGGCCAAUCCCCCUGGACGCCACAGAGGUAUACACCAUCCACUCUCCCGACCUCUCUGCUGGGAUCGCGACCUUCCAUAACGAACUCAUCCCCAGCCUCGCCGACGCUGAGGCUGAGGUUCCUGAUCCCGACAAAACACACCGUUCUCUCUGGCCCAGCCUUCACGAACUCCAGAGGACAAAGAUGGGACCAGUGUCUCAAUUCUUGCGCAACAGUGAAAGCCAUGUUAAUAUGCUCUACCAAGGCGACCACGCACACUUUCCGCCGCCCCCAGGAGUGUCGAAGGAUCCCGAAUGGCAUAAACUGUUCUUUUCGAUCUUGGCUAGACGGGACGUCGAGCUGCUUGAUUCGGAUGUUGAUACCGAACUGGAGAUAUUCGCCUGGGCGUAUAUGCACUACAUGGUGUUCUACGUAAGCCUUCCAUGGAUCAAAUUGCGGACAGAGAUGGCUGAUCGUAAAGACGCAUAUGCCACCAAUUCCCCCUUUUCAGCUAAAGGGUCGAUGUCACUGGACGAAUUCAGGGCCGAGGCUCUCCUUUUUCCGUCAAAGUAUGUUCCCCAGGGUAAUAAUCCGGACAACGAUCGUCCCAGCACAGAUGUUCUGAUGCACUCUGUCCUUCGUCGAAGAAAUCCCUCUACAGCGCCUGAUGAUGCCGAUCUGGUUUGA